CCGAGAGGGUCUCACUCGCUUUCCCAAACAGAUAAUCUGGCAUCGUGCUUGAGUGAAUUGAGCAUCUUUAAGCCCUUAAAUCGAUUUACUAUCUGAAGCCAAAGUGUUUGUGUGAUUGAUUUGCGGGUGUGAAGAUCGGAUUACAGUGGAUUUGCAUUUGCGUGAGUGAGAAAAGAGUGGCGUGCAGAAGACGGACAAAUUGCCGAUGGAUUGUUCCUGGUAGUCUCAAUUGGAGGCGGUUUUUUUUUGCUCUUCUAAGAAGUCCUAAUUCUCUGUGAUCGCUUUUCCGCCGCCAGCUUCGGGUGGAUGUGGAAGACACUUCGUGACAAUGUGCAAGAAAGUGCGGUGAUAAAUUCACCACGACACACAAAUGAUAAAUACAAGUUGAUAAGAGCGGAAGCCAGCACAAGUCGCAAGCGCUGGGAAAAGUGAGGAGCAUUCCUUGAUCCCUGAGGAACGGCCCAGACCAACAGACACUCCACGCCACAUCCGAAACUUGUGAAUUAUGCAGGGAAAAGCUGCGGGUGUUAAGCAACUUCUCACGAUUUACGUGCAACUGUUGCAGAUAAUUGCCACAAUUACAUUUGGAUGCUUCGGAUCUUGCUACGGCUCGGCUCGCAGUGAUUACAGAUUAAUGGGGAGACACGGUAAAUAUUUGAUAUCGCCAAUGCCGACGGCGGCGCUUUCGGUGCCGGAGAGCAGCGAUCAGAAGCCGCCACGUCCGGACGACACCGGCGGCGGCCUGGAGGACUUGUCCGUGGUAAUUGAACACGACGACACCAACACUCUCGAGGAAUUCUUCAGACAGCCAAUGUCUUUCGGCACGGAGAAUCUCACCCUCAUCACCACCCAAGUGGGCGCCACCGCCCACAUUCCUUGCGUCGUGCACUUCAUCGGCGACGGAGUGGUCUCAUGGAUCCGAAGGAAGGACUACCACUUGCUGACGGUGGCACUCACGACAUACAGCAGCGACGAACGCUUCAGUGCCACCCAUCUCAAGACGUCAGAGGAUUGGACGCUGCAAAUUAAAUUCGUUCAACCGAGGGACGCCGGAACGUACGAGUGCCAAGUCUCGUCUACGCAUCCGCCCCAAUCGAUAUUCCUCCACCUGAAUGUCAUCGAAGCCCGGGCUGAAAUUAUUGGACCCUCAGUGAGGUAUUUGACCCCAGAUUCCACCCUAAGACUGAUUUGUAGGGUGCUGCAGAGCACGGAGACGUCGGAAUUUCUCUUCUGGUACCAGGAUGACCGGAUGAUCAAUUAUGAUACGGAUCGUGGUGUUAAUAUUUCAACAGAGUCGGACUACAACUACUCCGAGUUAACAAUCAUGCGAGCCACUAAGCAGCACUCGGGCAAUUACAGCUGUGUACCCAGCAAUGCUCAGCCCGCCAGCGUGAUGGUACAUAUCUUCAAAGGCGAUAAUCCAGCUGCCAUGCAUCAUGAUCAUGUGAACGGGUCUCCAUCGAAUCUACAAAUCACUCAAAAAUGGCCCAUUUGGGUAUCAACGAUGCUUGCGUCGUUAUUUAUUGCCAGGCACAAUUGGUCACAAAUGGAUGUUUUUCACACUACAAGUUGACUCGGGCUGCUGUAUGGUGUAAACACCAACUGGAAUUAAUAGAAUAUGCCCAGAAGAUGCGAAAUCCCACGCACAGCGUCUGGAUGGGUCUCGGCAUACAUAUAAAGAGAAUUUAGGUACCUUAUUAACACUGAUGUGUAAAUAUUUUUGUACAGUAACAUCACUUCAAGGGAUGGAGAAUACUGUGGAUAAAAUACAUAUAGCGAUUAUAUAGAUAUGAUGAAAAUAUUUCAUGUAUAUUUACGGGAGAGUCGAGAGAUAAUUAAAAGAGUGUGUAUAGGAAAAUAC